GCCCCACCCCUCGUUUUCCGGCAGCGCCCGCGGCCGCUGAAGGUGAGCGGGCCGUCAUGGCUUUCUCGGCGCCGGCGGCCUACCUGACCCACCAGCAGAAGGUGCUGCGGCUUUAUAAGCGGGCGCUGCGCCACCUGGAGUCGUGGUGCGUCCACAGGGACAAAUACCGGUACUUUGCUUGUUUGAUGAGAGCCCGAUUUGAUGAACACAAGAAUGAAAAGGAUAUGGUGAAGGCCACCCAGCUGCUGAGGCAGGCCGAGGAGGAAUUCUGGUACGGUCAGCACCCUCAGCCAUACAUCUUCCCCGAGUCUCCUGGGGGCACCUCCUACGAGAGAUACGAGUGUUACAAGGUUCCUGAGUGGUGCUUAGAUGACUGGCAUCCUUCUGAGAAAGCCAUGUAUCCUGAUUACUUUGCCAAGAGAGAGCAGUGGAAGAGACUUCGGAGAGAAAGCUGGGAGCGAGAGGUUAAGCAGCUGCAGGAGGAAACCCCACCUGGCGGUCCCAGAACUGAAGCUUUGCCUCCAGCCCGAAAGGAAGGCGAUUUGCCCCCACUGUGGUGGCAUAUUGUGACCAGGCCCCGAGAACGGCCCAUGUAGGGGAAGAUGCCUCACCAGUCCCACGUGCAAGUGAAAUAAAUUAUAGGACAUACGCUUGCCCUAAUAAAGUAACUCAAUAUGGUA